CUUGCUUGUACCCACGCUCGAGGGUUUGAACACCCGCUUCCACGAGCUUGGCCAUUCGCUUCUUUUGGAGCCCUAACUCGCUGUUCUCUUCCGCUCUGUGACAUCGCCAUCUCCUCGAUCCAGGAUGAAGCUCGUCAGGUUCUUGAUGAAGCUUAACAACGAGACCGUCUCGAUCGAGCUCAAGAACGGCACCGUCGUCCAUGGAACCAUCACAGGUGUGGAUAUUAGCAUGAACACACACUUGAAGACCGUGAAACUUACCGUGAAAGGGAAAAAUCCAGUUACCCUUGAUCACCUAAGCGUGAGAGGUAACAAUAUACGGUAUUACAUCUUGCCGGACAGCUUGAACCUUGAGACAUUAUUGGUCGAGGAAACACCUCGGGUAAAGCCCAAAAAGCCUACUGCAGGGAGACCAGUGGGACGUGGUCGUGGACGCGGCCGUGGUCGUGGACGAGGUCGGGGCCGUUGACAAUGUCAUGCUCAUGGCAGCCGCAGGUGAUGUGCUGCCCUACGCGGUUGUGCUGCCUGUGCCUCCUGCUGCUUGCGGCGGUGAUUGCCGUCGGGUUCAUCUUCGGUUUUGGCGUCUUCACCCAUGGCUUCCACAAGCUCAAGGACACCUUGCGCUUGGAACCCUCCCCUCCUUAGUGAUGCCCACCUUGCAUACAAGAAUCGAGAGGUUCCUCUCCUUCUCUGAAGUUUUAGGUUGUGUGGUGUGGUGUCUUUUGCAUUCCAGAAGGCAUUUUGGAACUUGAGGUACAUUAUAUACACAUUAAAUGUUAGGAAUUCUGUUUGUUAUGUAACAUCUGAAUGAAAUGAGGAAAUUCUUUAGGAAAAUUAACUAAUCCAGCGUUGUUAUUAAGCUGCUUUUGGUGGUUUAUAAAUAACUAAUGUUGGGUUCU